GCCUCUUUUCUGUGUGACAUCACUCCCACUUGCUUGACUUGACACCAGAAGCGAGGUUUGAGGAACAAGUCCAGGAAGCUGCGUCAAUUGGACUUAUCUGUAUGGUGUGUGGCUGUACACACCCUGACUCCUGGACAUGGCAGGUCUCUUUGGUCUGAAGAUCCUGCUGCUCUGGGCUGGAAUCCUCAGUUUGGCAGACUGUCAAGAUGCAUCAAGUGAUAUAGCCACCUCACCUCCACUCAGCAUCACACACACUGCUCCACCUUCAGUCACCAGCUUACCUAGCACCACUUCACCUCCAAGCACCGUGGCAGCAGCUCCUGUCACGUCUCCAGGCACCUCAGCCAUCAAACCUCCACUCACCCCACUCAACACAACCACCAAGCCUGCCAUUCCUCCUGCAAACAUCCCACCCCCACUCAAUCCAACCACCAAGAGCACUGACCCUAAGACAAGCACCUCUCUCAAUGAGACCUUACCAACAAGCACCAAGUCCAACCCCACAGUGGCUCCUAACACCACAGUCCCCACGAAACCACCUCCAACACCUCAACCACCUCCAACACCUCAACCAACUCCACCACCGGCUCCGAUUCAAUGUUCUUACGAUGUCUCGACCAUCAAGUUUGGCCUUCAGAUAGACAUAACAAGCUCUACUGAUGGUUUCUACCGCAUGACCAUCACUGAAGAGGCACAACCUGAGAAGACUGUCCGGUUUAAUCACUCCAACCAAACCUCGUCACAUGACUUCAAACAUCUGAAGCCUUGUACUAAGUAUGAGCAUGCCGUGGAGUUUAUCCAUGUUGAUGGCACAGUAACGUUCUGUAACCACACCAGUAAUGUAACUACUGUAGUCACAGAAGAAAUGAAUCGAGGAGACAUUAAAGAAGGUCGCUGUGUCUCAGGACAUGUUUGUUACAGGAGUGAUUGGGACAUCAGCUCUUUGAUGUCAGCUUCCAAUAAUGUCCCAGCAAAGCAAUGCCACAAUGACUCUACAGUGUUCUGUAUCAAACCUGGUAUCAACGACUUUUGCACAACCUUGACUACGACCUUCACUUCAACAAACUGUUCAAAGUCCUCCUUCAACAGCUCUAAAGUCAUCCCUGUUGAGUCUUUGGAUGCAAGUGACAUAAAACUAAAAGUCCUGAUGGGACUUCCUGCUAAAAUAAAUGCAACAUUACCUCCAAACUGUGAGAAUCUCCCCAUCGAUUACACCUGUCUGGAAAAUGGAAACACCAGCAACCCCAAGAAUCUGUCUGAGGUGGAGCCGUUCACAGACUACAGCUGUACGGGUCAGAUCAACACAAACAAUGUUAACAUAACAACCACACCUGCUGUCAAUGUCUACAUAGACUGUGAUGUUACAACAAAAAUCAUACCUGAGAGGGUGACCAACACUUCCAUUCAUCUGAGCUGGACCUCAACCAGCCUGAGAUGUAAAGAUGCUCUUUACAAGUUUGGUUUUGUCUGCAGUUGUAUCCCUCCACCGAAACACGGCUCAGGACGGACACCUUCAAAAGAUGGAAGAACAUGUGAUAUUCGUGACCUGAAACCAGACACUCACUAUAAGUUUGAAGUCCAACCUGUCUAUGAUGGCAUGAGUGUUGGCAGUCCAAACUCAGUUACAAAAAGGACCGACAUCGGCACACCAGAAGAUAUCCGUUCCCUGUCUGUGACUGUUCAAGAGCAUAAUGUGAUAAAAGUAACCUGCGAACAUAUAACACAAUUCAAUGGACCUGACAGGAAAUACAUCGCUCAUCUCAGUCAUGGUGGGACCACAGUGAAACAAGUAAAAGACACGAAGUGCAAGUUUGAAUUCAGAGACCUGAGCUACUCUACAACAUACCACCUGAAGGUGGCUGCUUUCAAUGGGAAACAUACAGGCAAACCAGAGAUAAAAGAAGUCGACACUCUCUACAAUGACAAAGCUGUCAUUGGGUUCCUGAUCUUCCUCAUCAUCCUCACCUCUGUGGCCCUUCUGUUGGUCGUCUAUAAGAUUUUCAUCCUGAAGCGCAGACAGUCUCAUGACAUGACGGAACACAUUAAGCUGAUUCCAUCAAAUGAAGAGACCCUGCUGACCGUUGAGCCCAUUGCUGCCGAGGUCCUGCUGGACGCCUACAAGUCAAAGCUGGCAGAUGAAGGGAGACUUUUCCUGGCUGAGUUUCAGAGCAUCCCCAGAAUCUUCUCGAGGCACACUGUGAAAGAGGCCAAAAAGCCCUACAAUACCCCCAAGAACCGCUACGUGGAUAUCCUGCCAUAUGACUAUAACCGUGUGCAGCUGACUUCUGGGAACGGAGAGGCAGGAUGUGACUACAUCAACUGCAGCUUCAUUGAUGGGUACAAGGAAUCCAAAAAAUACAUUGCAGCUCAAGGGCCGAAGGAGGAGACUGUGUGUGACUUCUGGAGGAUGAUCUGGGAGCAGCAGUCCUCUAUCAUUGUUAUGGUGACACGCUGUGAAGAGGGGAACAGAGUGAAGUGUGCGCAGUACUGGCCUACCCCCACACGUGACACAGAGAUCUUUGAGGAGUUCAUAGUGAAGCUGAAUUCAGAGGAGAACUGUCCUGAUUACACCAUCCGCCGUCUGAGUCUUACAAAUAAGAGGGAGAAAAACUCAGAGAGGGAGGUGACUCACAUCCAGUUCAUCAGUUGGCCUGACCAUGGCGUCCCCGGAGAGCCGCAUCUGCUCCUGAAGCUGAGGCGGCGCGUCAAUGCUUUCAAGAACCUCUUCAGCGGCCCCAUCGUCGUCCACUGCAGUGCUGGAGUUGGCAGGACGGGCACCUACAUUGGCAUUGAUGCCAUGAUGGAGGGUCUGGAGGCGGAGGGCAGAGUGGACAUCUAUGGUUACGUAGUCCAGCUCCGCAGACAGAGAUGUCUCAUGGUUCAAGUGGAGGCUCAGUACAUCCUGAUUCACCAGGCGCUGCUGGAGCACAACCAGUUUGGAGAGACUGAGACCGAUCUGUCUGAGCUGCACAGCACUCUGCAGACACUCAAGCAGAAGAACUCAGGCAACGAACCCUCCCUGAUGGAGGAGGAGUAUGAGAGACUCCCCACUUUUAAAAACUGGAGGACAUUCAACUCUGGGAUCACAGAAGAAAACAAGGGGAAGAAUCGCUCUCAAUCCGUCAUCCCAUAUGACUACAACCGAGUGCUGCUGAAGCUCGAUGAAGGCCGCAGUCAUGACAGUGAACCUGAUGAGGAUGAAGAAGAUGAGUCCUCAGAUGAGGAAGAUGAGGAUUCCAGUAAAUACAUCAAUGCCUCACACAUCGAUGGUUACUGGGGACCACGCAGCUUCAUCGCUGCACAGACUCCACUGCCGGACACCAUGGCUGACUUCUGGGUCAUGGUUUACCAGAAGAAAGUAUCUACUAUCGUCAUGCUGUCAGACUGCAGCGAAGGAGAAAAGGAGUCUGAUUGUUUCUACUGGGACAAAGACAAGAAGACAUUCGGAGACUUUGAGGUGGAGUUGGUGAGCACAGAGAUCACCCCGACCUUCACCACACGCAACAUGCUGCUCCGCCACGUAAAGAGGAAAGACAGCCGGCCGGUGAAACACUUCCAGUUCCUCAAAUGGGGGAGCAAAGAGCUGCCGGAGAAAGCUCAGUAUAUGACAGACAUGAUCAAAGACGUCAAGCACAGCUGUGGAGGCAGCAAAUCACUCAGGAACAAUCCCAUCGUGGUCCACUGCAACGACGGCUCGUCACGCACAGGCGUCUUCUGUGCUCUGUGGAACGUGCUGGACAGUGCUGAGACCGAGAAGCUGGUGGACGUUUUUCAGGUGGCCAAAACUCUGCGCAAGGAGAGACAGGGCAUGCUCUCCAGUCUGGAGCAUUACCAGUUCUUGUACGACUCACUGGAGGGAGUCUUCCCCGUUCAGAACGGAGAGGUCAAAGCAGCUCAGUCCUCUGCAGCCGACUCUAUCCAGAUUGUAAAUGAAACCAAAGAAGCGGCGGCAGCAGAGCAGCCAGCUGAGAAGAAGGCUGAGCAGCCAGCUGAGAAGAAGGAUGAGCAGCCAGCCAGCACUACCAGCAACAGCCAGCAGGGGGCGGCAGAGAGUGCUCCUCUCAUAGCUGAUGGAGGCAAGGAAGACAAAAAUGAGGGGGCUGAAAAGGUUCCCACUGAGACAACACCACUGGAGGACAAGAGCAAUGGUCCUACAGUCACUGUGGAGGUCUGAGAGGGAGGCAGGUGGAUUUGUAUGUACGAAAAUAAGCGCUUUAGCUGAAUGCUUUCUUCUUAUUUACUUCAUGAAUGUAAAAACAUUAGAAAGAUGUAACUGACUGGUUUGGGUUUACAUCUGAUAAAGAAUUGGAUGAAAUGUUAAAAUGUCAAAUUAAAAUGGGAUUUAAACUAAGUUGUGAGGAACGUUUUAAUGCUGAAAAUAAUGUCUGCAGGUAGUUUACUGUAAGUGCUGUGGUCAAACUUGUACUGUGUAUCGAGAAAAACACAACGUAAAUUUUAAGUAGAUAAUUGUUUUGUAUCUCACCAUGAUAAAUGGGUGUUGACUGGGAGGUAGUUUAUAUAAUUUUUUUCUCGCUGAAUAAAAAUGCUGUAUACUUUUAUAUAUUUCUGGUAAAAUUGAUAUUUGCAUCAUUCUUAUGGAAACACUUUGCUGUUUGGUUAAAAUAUACUGAAAUAAAAACAUAUCAAUGUUGUAAUUUUAA